AGGUCGAUGUAUAAAUAAAAUUAUUGUGAACAAUGAGGGUAUUUAUAACAUUGUUGUUUCUAUUCAUUCGACGGGUCUUAAGUGUACGAAGCGGACACAUCAUUCAUUGUUCGUGAUUUAAUUAAUCUUCUAUUUUGUAUACAUUUUUGAUUUCAAGGUUUUAACUAUGAAGAAUUCAAGAUAUCAAAAAAAGUGGUCUCGGCAUUUGACGCUAAAUGAAAUAGUUGAAAAGUUAGAAGAGGAUGAUGAAGAGGAAGUACCUGAUUCCAUUAUCAUUCUGCCUCCUGAAAACUGCAAUGCUGAUGUCACUGAUGAGGAUUCAGGUGAUGAAAACCAAGUUUCUCUAGACAAUUUACCCGGAUCUCAGUUACGGGCGCUGGGAGAAGCCUGUUUCCAGUCAGAAAAUUGUAGUGAUGAGGAUGAUGACAUACCACUCAUGCAGUUAUCUAGACGCAGACGCGUGGUUUCUACUGAAUCAGAUCUCGCUUCUCAGUCAACAUCCACCAUCGAGUCUACGGGUCAUAUUAUAACUGUCUCCAAAAAAAAGACAUAUGAUUGGGUGUCACGGGACAUUCGCCCAAGUUUUGAGCCAUGGCAAUAUAUGCAGACCACCAGAACUCAAUUUAGCCCUUUACAAUAUUUUCAAUUGGUGUUUGGCGAAGACAUUAUAAAUAUGUUUGUACAUUACACAAAUUUAUAUGCAGCCAAAAAAAAUGCAAACACGCAUUUUCACAGCAAGAAAAAAAAUAUGUACUUGUUGAUCAGCCAUCUGUCGUUAAGAAAUAUGAUGAAAACAUGGGGGGAGUCGAUAGAUCCGAUCAAAAUAUAGGUCUGUACAGAACGUCAAUUAGGGGAAAGAAAUGGUACUUCUCUUUGAUUUGCCACGGAUUGGACAUGGCCUUACAUAAUUCUUGGCAACUAUACAAAAACAACGGAGGUGAAUAUGACUUCCUUCACUUCCGCAGAAGUGUGGCAACAGCUCUUCUGGAAACGUAUAAGAAAAGAUCAGAUCGUAAAGCAACUCGUGUCUCCCAAAAUUUUCGCGAAGAUUCCCGAUUUGAUGGAAAAGAUCACCUAAUCAGAUACAGAGACAAUCAACUUCGGUGCUUUGAAUGUCAUAAAAAAGCCAAUUUUUACUGUCCUAAAUGUAAUGUUACUUUGCAUCCUAAGUUUUGCUUCGAAAGCUUUCAUAUUCCAAAAUAAAACUGUGUGAAACCUAUAGUCUUAUUUUAUUUCACCUAUGAAUACCAUAGCAGUACAUAUUGCUAGCGUUCUUUUAAAAGGACGGCAUUUUCCAACUUUCCUAAUUGAAGAAAAAUUUUUUUAAUAUUUUUUUCGUAUACAAUAUAGCAUUAUUAGCAUUAUAUGUUAAAUUUAUUAUGAUAUAAUCAAAAAAGUUGUUUCAGGAA